AUGGCGGAUGACCAACAUUUACCUUCCGACGUGUCCACCCCAUACGAGUCCGUCGAUGAACACGAAAUCAAGAAAAACAUUACGGAGGCAGAUGAAUUGAAGCAGGAGGGCAAUGAGUCGUUCCGGGCCAGUAGAUGGAGUGAAGCUCUCGUGUCAUACAGAACUGCUCUGAGUCAACUACCCAGACGAAAGCCGCAGCCUCCUUCCUCAGAUAACUCACAGGAUGAUACGUCAGAUCACGGUGGUGCCCGAUCGGCGAGUUCAGGCGAGGUGCCAACGCGAGAGGAGGGGCCAGAGCCAGCCAGCAUCCCCUCGGAGCUCGAGGCAGAAUGUGCCAAGGCUCGAGCCGUGUUGAACGCCAACAUUGGUGCAUGUCUGGUAAAACUUAGCGAUUACAGCGGUGCAGUUGAAUCAUGCACCCAAUCAUUACUCGAUGACCCUCACUAUAUCAAGGCCCUGCAGCGGCGAGCGGCUUCUAACGAACAUCUCGACACAUGGUCAUCUUUGACACAAGCACAAGAAGAUUACAAGUCACUCCUGGAAUUGCUACCCCCUACGUCUCCUCAGGUGGCACAGACCAAGCGGAGCCUGCAGCUUCUUGAACCUCGCCAGCAAGCAGCUCAGAAGAAAGAAAUGGCCGAAAUGACGGGCAAACUGAAGAACCUCGGCAAUAGUAUACUGGGCAAUUUCGGAUUGUCCACUGACAACUUCAAGUUUGAACCAAAUGGUCAAGGCGGUUACUCGAUGAACUUUGCUCGAUAG